CUUGAAACCCAAAGCACAAAAGCCUAUACAAAAAAGUCUAUAAACUUUCUCUCACUACCUUUUGUUCUACUGUAACAACACAAGUAGCUCCAGUUUUGUGCAAAAAUGAAGAAGAAUCUCUUCUUCUGAUCGAGUCCUUUUGUUAGUCGCCUAACGAAAAGAAGAAGCUUAAAUCAAUAGAAACAACGAUGAGUGCUUUUUUUCCUGAUGAGAGCAGUAGUUUUUUCUUUGAUUUUCCUUUAUAUGAAACCGAAAAUGUUUCUUCUUCUCCAAUGAGGUUGAUUGAAUCUAUGUUUACUUCUCAUGAUGAUCCAAUUACUGAUUCUUCUUCUCUAUUCGAUUUGCUUCAGCCUCCACCAUUUCCUCCUCCACCUCCUCCACCUCCACCACCACCACCACCACCACCACCAGCCGAUGUACCUUUGUUGAAUCCUUCUCCGAUUGCUAAUACUUCUGCUAAUUCCUCUGAAUUAUCUUCAUCGUCAACUGAUGUUGCAGCUAAUGAUGAUUUUCUACAGAUGAUUGAAAUGGUAGAGGAACAACUUGAGAAUGAUGAGGACAAGAUCGAGGAUAACAUACAGUUAAUUCCGAAAAAGAAGAAGGCAAGAAAGGAAAGAGCUCCCAGAUUUGCUUUCAUGACUAAAACUGAAAUUGAUCAUUUGGAUGAUGGUUUUAGAUGGAGAAAAUAUGGACAAAAAGCUGUGAAAAACAGUCCAUUUCCCAGGAGUUACUUUCGUUGCACUAUUGCAACGUGUGGUGUGAAGAAGAGAGUGGAGAGGUCUUCUGCAGAUCCAUCAACUGUUAUUACAACUUAUGAAGGUGUUCACACACAUCCAUGCCCCAUUACGCCACGUAGCAGCAUUGGCUUUUAUCGAGACACCAUUGACUAUUGUGGUGGUGGCUCCAUUGGUGGGGUUGGUCUUGGUCUUGGUGGUGUUGCUAGUAGUUCGUCUUUGUUUUUACCAGAAUUCAAUUAUCAAGCUCAACAACAACAACCAUCGACCUACUUUCAGGCACGUCCAGCAUUACCACCUAUAAACAGUUUUACUACUAAUUCAGCCCAAGGAGGAAUGUUAUUGCCAUCAACUUCAUCGUCUUUUGGUACAGAUGAUGGACUUCUGCAGGAUAUGGUGAUAUCCCAAAUGAUGCCAAAACAAAAUCAGUAGGACAGAAUGCAUGAGAUCAUUAUCAAUUGGUAUGUUUAGUUUAUUUAACUGAUAAUGAAUCUUAAUUUAGAUAACAAUAGAAUCCUGCACAAACAAUUAAUUAAGUAUUACAAACUUUUAAUUUCCCCUAAUUAGUUAAUGUUGUACAAUGACUAUAAUUAGCUUGUCAAUCAACCAUAACUAUUAACUUCAAUUUUGGUUUAAUGGGGUAAUUAGCUACCUAACUAGCUUUUGCAUGUAUAAUAUAUAAUAGCAGGAUGCUUUCAGUACUUGUUA